ACCUACUUGUUUCUCGAUUGAUUUUAAUUUCAUUACUUACCUAAAUAUUGUUUUGUCUUUGUAAGUAGAUUAUUGCUCUACUAUUUAAAGAUUUAAGUAUAUUUUCAUACCACGUACGAUUUUUCUUAGAAUUCUAAGAGUGUGAAAUUAUCCGUACUCAAUGCCAUACAUCUUGAUUCGAGGUAAUCUGGCAUCGUAUGGGCAUAAAAACCCUUGGCGUGUUUUGGUCUCCGGUUUGAAAGCUGUUGAAAUAGAGCAAUUAAAAAGAUUUACAUGUGGUGGUUAUUGUGACGAUUCCACUAUCGUAUAUCUUCAACAUCCGUGCGUUAUACUUAGUGCUCUAGAGGUAUUGGGUUACAAAGUGGUCGCUUCAAGUUCUACAGCUGUUAAACAGGAUUAUAAUGAAUAUAUGUGGACAAUGAGAAAAGAAUUUUCUGAACCAGAGCCAUCAAUCAUUGUGGAACAAGACAACUACACAAACUUCAACAAGGAGGCUAUGCACUUGGGCAACUACCAGAAUCCAACUAAAGACGACGAGGACAAGAAGAAAAAAAAGCACUAAACAAGAAGUAUCCAGGCUCUGGUGUAGUUGUUAAUGGAAUCUCUAUCAAGACUAAUGUUCUAGAAGCCAUCAAUUCGCUAAGUCGGUUGGGAUACAAGAUAGUUUCCAGCACUGGC